AUGGCGUCCCUCCUCUUGAAGCACCUGGCUUCCUCCCUGACCCGACAGGUGGCCCAGAUGAGCCGGUUAAAUCUGACCUUCUCUUCACCAGCAGCAAGCGCCUACAGAAGUCUCUGCAUCCUCUCCACAGCUCCACACACGCUCCUCCUGUCGCCGACCAGAGUCAGCUCCAUCCAGUGCUGCUCAUCCGGCUCCUCGUCUCCGUGUGGAUCCUCUCUGUUGGGACAGUGUCAGCAUCUCCCCUGCAGCCAGCCCUCUGCAGGCAUGAAAACCAGGUCUGCCCUGAGGAGGCGCUGCAACGACUGUUUCUUUGUACGGCGGCGGGGGCGCUUGUUUGUUUUCUGCAAGACUAACCCGAGACACAAGCAGAGGCAGGCAUAA